AUGGUGUUUGUCAAGUCUCAGAAAUCCAAGGCCUACUUCAAGAGGUUUCAAGUCAAGUUCAAGAGAAGAAGAGAGGGUAAGACUGAUUACAGAGCCAGGAUUCGUUUGAUUAAUCAGGACAAGAACAAAUACAAUACUCCCAAGUAUCGGUUUGUUGUUCGAUUUACAAACAAAGACAUUGUUGCUCAAAUUGUCUCUGCUAGCAUUGCCGGGGAUAUUGUUCUUGCCACAACUUAUGCGCACGAGCUUCCUCACUUUGGUCUUGAAGUAGGUCUUACCAACUAUGCUGCAGCCUAUUGCACUGGUCUUCUAUUGGCUCGCCGGGUUCUUAAAACUCUCGAAAUGGACGAGGAGUAUGAGGGAAAUGUAGAGGCUACUGGAGAAGAUUAUUCAGUUGAACCAGCUGAAUCCCGGAGGCCUUUCCGUGCUCUUCUUGAUGUUGGUUUGGUUAAGACCACAACCGGUAACCGCGUGUUUGGUGCACUCAAGGGAGCUUUGGAUGGAGGUUUGGAUAUUCCUCACAGCGACAAGAGGUUUGCUGGUUUUGACAAGGAGAAGAAGGAGCUUGAUGCUGAGAUUCACAGGAAGUAUAUCUUUGGUGGACAUGUUACUGCUUACAUGAAGACAUUGAUUGAAGACGAGCCAAAAAAAUAUCAAACUCACUUCAGUCAAUAUAUCAAGAAAGGGAUAGAAGCGGACGAAAUUGAGGAACUUUACAAGAAGGUUCAUGCUGCUAUUCGUGCAGACCCUUCAAUCAAAAAGUCUGGGAAGCAGCCACCAAAGGAACAUAAGAGGUACAACCUGAAGAAGCUCACUUAUGAUGAGAGAAGGGCAAAGUUGCUCAGUCACAUUAAAGCUACACACACCUUACAACAGUUUCGCAACCACAACUGGAGGCAUUGA